AUGUCUACUAAAAGCAUAGUAGUACGAGAAGUGGUGCGCUGUGUGCUGCGUGCUCGCGAGGCGGAACGAUACGUAGCUGUCAUCUGCUGCGACUUAUCGCGUGCUUUCGACACAGCAGACCACGCUCUAGUUGCAGAUAAAUUGGCUCACUACGGUAUCCGAGCCGCGGCCUCCAAACUAAUACUGUCAUUUAUGACCGACAGGGCCCAGGUUGUCAUCGGGGAUGGAGGUAAGGUUGUGUCCUCCGAACUACGAAACCUGAUGGGAGUGCCUCAAGGAUCGUGCCUCUCCAACACACUUUUUAGCAUUUUGCUGAACGACCUGCCAAAGGCAAUAAAAGGUGCAGACAUACUGAUGUACGCCGAUGACGUCACGGCAGUCGUCAGUGCGACCGCUGAACGGGGGUUGGAAGAGGCACUUAACCUUGUUAUGGAACAACUGCACCAGUGGUUCCGGUCAAACGGUCUCGCUUUAAAUAAAGAGAAAACGAGCUACAUGACAUUUAAAUUAAAUGGUCAUAGAAGCCCAACCAUGAGGGUUAGUGCAGGUGGUGCCCCUUUACAGCACGUGACCUGCACACGUCUGCUCGGGUUCCAGCUCGACAACGUGCUCUCAUGGGAAGCGCACAUUAAUGAACUGUGUGGAAGGCUAGGGCGCGCGUGCUUUGCAUUGCGACGGUUGGCGAGCACAGCCGGAAAGGGCGCAGUGCGAGAGUGCUAUUUUGCGACGGUGCACUCUCUCUUGACGUACGGCGUUGAGCUAUGGGGACGUGCUUCCGACUGGGGACGUGUGUUCUCUAUGCAGAAGCGUGCCGUACGCGCGAUGGCCGGCAAGGCUGCUGAUGCACCGGCACGAGACAUCUUCCGCGAUCUCAAGAUUCUGCCCCUACCGUGCCUAUUUAUUAACCAACCUCCGAAGUAA